AUGCCGAAAGUAGUGUCAAGAAGUAUUGUGUGCUCCGACACAAAGGAUCAAGAAGAAUACAAUGAGACGAAGCCUCUCCAUAUUUAUUAUUGCAUUUGCGGUCAAAUGUCCCUUAUUUUAGAUUGCACUUUAGACAGAUUACCGCUAAGACCAACAGACGGGGCCAGAGUAAUAGAUGGUUCUAAACACGCACAUAAACUUACAUCAGAUCAAGAUGAAACAGUCCAUUUAAAACGCGAGAAAGGUAUUGAAAGACAAUUUCGACAGAAGUGUAGAAAGUGUGGUAUACCUUUAUAUUACAAACACGAUCAGAGCAGCAAUGUGGUUUUUAUUAUGAACGGGGCACUGGUGCAGUCUGCUGAGGGUUCACUGGCUGAUAUUUCUAAACAAGUGGCAUUAUCACAACCUAAAAAAAUUAUGGUGACGAAACAUACGAAAAAUAUGGGUAAAUUCAGUUCAGUGACAGUGUCCACGAUUGAUGAAGAAGAGGACGAGAUUGAGGCUAGAGAGGUUGCAGACAGUUAUGCAAACAAUGCUAGGAUCAUCGAAAAGCAACUAGAAAGGAAGGGUAUGAAUAAGAGACAAGCUGAAACACCAGCUCAGAAUGUUGCAGAAAAACGAGUAAGGGGAACUCUAAUAGAUAAA